UGGUCCAGUAGUUUUGACCAAAUUAAGGAUUAGUGCCUUAAUUAGCACCAGUUAAUCAAACCAAUCAGACAAUAAUUAACUCUGCAGGACUGUGAGUUCUGGAAGAGUGCCAGUCCUACGGAAGAUUUUGCUGCACAGAAGGAUGGCCCACAGAGGACCGCGUGGUGGUCCCACUCCAAGAGCCAAUGGAAUCUGAAAGCAACAAACAACCCAGUUUCUCUAACUUGGAUGGCUCAGCCUCGGAAAGACACCAGCAUCUCUUUCUCUCCACGCUUCCUUUCAAGCACAACCCAACCCCUCCUCUCUUCCUCUCCAAGUCAUAUCACUCUUGCCUCUUCUAUAUUACAUAACCUCUUUCCCCUCUACUUUCCUCUUCUCUCCUUCACUUUUCAGCUACAGGUUUUGAUUAAUCGGUGCUGUAAUUAAUUAACACCUGUGUUUAUGUUUUUGUAUGUUCAGAAUUACUUUAUUGAUGCAGAGAGGCCGGAGGAUGUACCACAACGUUGGUUCCAUGUCCGCUCACUCGGACUACUUGCCGCUCAUGGUCAUGGGAGAUAACAGCAGUGACCUGACCAUCAAUGAAACCUCCGUCGGCCUCCAACAUCAGUUGCUACAGCCGCCGUGCUUCGAUCCCAUCAACGGCUUUUCCGGCUCGGCGGCGGCUGCUGAUAUGUUAUACGCGGAGUUGCCGCCGGUGAUGGACUCUAGUAAUGCCGUGUUCUACCACCACCACCCGGUUCAUUACGAUGCGUUGGUUAAUCAGGUGCCGUAUGUCUUUGAGGCCGGGCAUGGAGAGCAGAAGCUGCUGGAGAACAGGACGAGGCAUCAUGCGUGGGGGUUGAAGCAGGGCGGGCAGAAGAAUGAGAAGCAAAGGAGAGAAAGGCUCGGGAAGAAGUUUGAGGACCUCAAAUCUCUCAUUCCGAACUCCACCAAGCCUUACAGGGCGUCGAUUGUGGCGGACACGAUCGAGUACAUCAACGAGCUGCUGAGGACCGUCGAGGAGCUGAAGAUGCUGGCCGAGAAGAAGCGGCAGAGGGGGAAGAAAAUGGCUGCGGCGGCGGUUGCGGCGACGGCAGCUGGGGACGUGGAGAGCUGUUCCUCGCUGGCGGUGGCGGCGCCGAUGGCCGAGGGCGGACCGAGCAGCGGGAUGCUCCGGAGCUCGUGGAUACAGAGGAAGUCGAAAGAGACGUUCGUGGACGUGCGCAUCGUCGACGACGAGGUCAACAUCAAGGUGACCCGCCGGCGGAGGGCGAACUGCUUGCUUGCCGUCGCCAAGGCACUCGACGAGCUCCGCCUGGAGCUGUUGCAUUUGUCCGCCGGGAAUGUGGGAGGAUCGAACAUCUUCAUGCUCAACGCCAAGAUUCAUGAUGGUUCUUCGGUCUACGCCAGUGCGAUCGCCAAGAAACUUAUCGAAGCAAUCGAUGUUGUCUAAGAAGAAACGGGGAGAUUAAUUAAUUAAUUAAUAUAUAAUAGAGCUAAUUAUAGUUAAGGUAGAUCUUGU